UCUAUUGUCUAGUGUGGAACACAUGAGGCACUCAAAUCCAAUACCUCCCAUGUAAGAAGCUCAUCCCCAAUCGACAGACUUAAUUAAAUACACAGCCAUUAGAACAUGAGAUUAACUAGAUCCCUUCCCCAAAUCCAAAUCUUUAAAAACCAUAAUUACCUAGGUUAUAUAGCUACCUAGAACCCUAGAUUUCAGUUCAUAGAAACCUAAAGUGAGGUUAAGAUGACGUCUAGGAGUAGAGUUUAGUUGUGCAGCCAUGGCAUUGCCGGCUAUAAACACGGCACUAUUCUCGCCUUCUCGGCUUCCAAAGCAAUCCAUUGGGGUUGGGCAGGCAAGCAGAAUAAAAAUGAUCACCGGUUCGAAUCCCAGGAGAGAGAUUCGGUGCCGCAGUGGCGCAGAGCUGAGAGAAGGGAUCGCUGAAUUCUAUGACGCGUCUUCAGGCGUUUGGGAAGACAUCUGGGGAGAACAUAUGCACCAUGGCUUCUAUCCAUUAAACAAUCAAACUCCCAAUCAACCAAAUGUCGAUCACAGGGCUGCUCAGAUCACCAUGAUCGAAAAAGCCCUUUCAUUUGCCGGCCUUUCUGAGAAGGAAUCGGAGAGGCCAAGUAGUGUUGUGGAUGUUGGAUGUGGUAUUGGAGGGAGCUCAAGGUAUUUGGCAACCAAGUAUAGAGCAAAUGUAAAGGGCAUCACUCUCAGUCCCCUCCAAGCCGCCAGAGCUACUGCUCUCACUCUUGCUGCAGGCCUUGGAGAUAGGGUUGAUUUCCAAGUUGCUGAUGCAUUGAACCAGCCUUUUCCAGAUGGACAGUUUGAUCUGGUGUGGUCAAUGGAGAGUGGAGAACACAUGCCAGAUAAAGAAAAGUUUAUGAGGGAGCUGGUCCGUGUAGCAGCGCCUGGUGGAUCCAUUAUAAUAGUGACAUGGUGUCACAGAGAUCUCUCACCCGAUGAAGUCUCUCUCAAACCAAACGAACAGGAAUUAUUAGACAAGAUCUGUAGUGCAUUUUAUCUUCCAGCCUGGUGUUCUGGGGCAGAUUAUGUGAAACUUGCACAAGCUUGCUCACUAGAGGAUAUUAAGGCAGCAGACUGGUCAGAAAAUGUAGCUCCCUUUUGGCCAGCAGUGAUUAGCUCAGCCCUAAGCUGGAGAGGAGUUAUGGGUCUCUUUAAAUCUGGGUGGAAGACAAUUAAGGGGGCACUUGCAAUGAACCUUAUGGUGAAAGGCUACCAGCAAGGACUCAUAAAGUUUACAAUUAUUACUGCCCGCAAAUCAACAUGAUGGAAUUAAAAAAAACAAAAAUAUUGUUUGAAAAGAAAGAAAGAUUGUCAUAAAGACAAAGGUGAUGAAGAUGCAGCCAUUGAGCUAGCCUGUCAACAUUGCUUUCUUGGAUGGGAUUAAUAUCAAUCUGAUUGAAAAUGAAAUAAGAUCUAAAUUAUUUUCUCGGAUGAGAUUAAUAUCAAUCUGAUUGAAAAUGAAAUAAAUCUAAACUGCUCUCUUGAAUGAGAUUAAUUAUAAUAUCAAUCCUUUGAAAAUGAAAUAAAAUUUAAAUUGUUCUUUUUGAA